AGCGUUUGUACUGCUAGAAAAUAAUGUCGGGUGUACUGUGAUCGAUCUCACAAACCUAUUGAAAAUCGAAUCGAUUAGUUCGAAUACAGAAUUUAUGGGCUCUUGUUCGAGUCGGAAUUUCGCUUUAUACGUGAGCGAGAGUCACAGCGCAAGUUUAUAAACACCCAUGGGAUUCAUCAAAGUAUCUGAACAUACACCUAUAGAUAAACACCUAUGGAUCAAUCAAAGUACUGACAAACACCUAUGAAAGAACUGAACAAUCUUAAAUAGGUAAAGAAACGCCUAUGGAAUAGGUUUAUAAUCUGCACUUGAGCGGUGACUUGCAAUCGUGGUGUCAUGAUGUCGAAGUCCAAUGCUCGCGCACAGGCCAAACACCCCCGUCAAGAUGUUAAAAUGAAGCGUGUAGCCACAGAAGAUAAGAAUCUUUCUAAAUUGCGUGUAGUGACAUACAACGUCAACUGGGGAUUCUGUCUCGCAGGCCUUGGUACGGGUAUGGUAAUACGGAUACACAAUGCUAUAAUGGAGAGCAAUGCAGACUUGGUGUGCUUGCAGGAAACACAUGAAGGCUGGCAGACUUAUCUGGAGCGAAAUUUCAAGGGGGUGUAUCCGUAUAUGAUCUUCAAGCACCAUUUGAAUCCCGACAUCAACCAUCAGUACAAGGAAGGAUCGUCGGCUGGCGGUUCGGCGUUCUUGUCAAAAUAUCCCAUCAAGGAAACUUUCUGUGGAAUACCUGACGUGCCGGGAUCAUUUUUCCCAGGCACAAUGAUUGGCUUACGAUCGCCAGUGGGAGUCAUCUACGUGCUGAAUGUGCACCUGCGACCCCAAAUCUCCAAUGCACACAAGCCAUCGUUGAUGGCAGUCUGGUCUACGGGGACAGUGCGAAAAUCCGAGAUCAAAUAUCUAUUAACGAAAAUGAGCUCGCACAAACCCAGUAUUAUCGUGGGCGACUUCAAUGAGGGUCACGGUGGAGACGCCGUACGUUGGCUGAAGUAUUCGAAGAAGAACUGUAACGGGAAAGGGUACAAGGACGGCUUAAGUGAAUACGCCGAGACAGCCGUGACGUGGAAGUGGCCUUUGAAAAUGGGAUUGUAUCUUAAGGGGGCCUACGACCACGUGUUCUACAAUCCAACGAGGAUUCGGUGUGUCGGGUGCCAUGUGAUGAGCGCCUACGAGCUAGUGUCUGACCACAUGCCUGUGGUUGCAGACAUGGUGCUACUGCCCCACACAGUAUCCACGACAUUUCCCACUCCCUCGAGCCAAACCGUGUUUAACGAGCCUGUACCCUCUACCGUGGACAAUCCGAGUCCAAAGGUCGGGACACACGUGAGUAAAAGUACUCUUGGCCCUAGGCACACCAGCCCCGCCAUUGUCAUGAAGGAUUCGGGUUCGUUCGUAAAGUUGGAUUUGGACGGAAACGGUAAUGCGAUUUUGGAAACUAAUGUCAGUUUGGAUACUGCUUUUAAUAGUCGGGCGGGUCUGUCCUUGCCUGCGACAUCGCGUACAGCGUUACAAUCGUCUGGAGUUGAUGCUGGGACAACCGCUGCAGAGAAUCGCAGUUCAAAGUGUGGUCCCGGCGGGACAGACCGGCUCACAGUCGCCAAAGCCGAGUUUGGAAAGGAUCCGUCAUAUGGAAUGGACGUAUUUGAAGAAGAUUUCUAUGACGAGGAAGCGGAGCGGCAGCGACAGAGUGAGCAGCGCAUUCAGUACCGCAAGCUGCAGCGAUCCGUCAGUGACAGUGUGACAUACUUGUAA